AUGAAACUAACUCAGAAUUCAGCAUGUUUUAUUCCUUUCUUUGUAGUUAAAAAAAAAAAAAAAAAAAAGAUCUAAUCUUUUGUCGUCAAAUUUUGACAAAUCGAGUAGCGUUUCACAAACAAGCGUUAAUUUGUACGAAUACAAUCUUCCAUUACAGAUCGUAUCGAAUAUAUAUAUAUAUAUAUAUCAAAGUAUAAUCACAAAUCAUUUCAACAGACGAACUAAUUGUCUAAUAAAUAUUUUACAGGGUAACACGCCGUCGUUAGCUGUUAUAGGAUUCACCUAUCAGACAAUUCGUCUAUUAAAUGUUAUACAAUAUUUAAAUAUAGUUCCUUUGAUGAUUGGGAUUCAUUUGACUUUCGUGGCUCUGCUUUACUGCAAUUGCACGAAACGUAAAGUAGGACCAACAUUCGCAGAAUCGUUGUUAAUAUCAUCAAAUUCACAAUCGAAUAACAUCACGCAGAGACCCUUGCAUGCAUAA